AUGAUGCCCAACAUGCCCAACACGUCAACACAAGACAGCGCGUCAACUCAACAAGAUUUGAGCACAAGUAUGCUUGAGAACGCACCGUCGCAAUAUCAUCACUUUGUUCCACAAUUCCUUUUAAAGAAUUUUGUCGAUGCAUGUGUCCCUUCUCAACAUGGCUCGACUACCUCCAAGAACCGUAGAGCUCGGAGGGGAAAACGCAAAACCGACCCUACCGUCAACCGCGUGGAUUUGUCUUCUGAAACGCCAGAAGUCAUAGAGAUACCAGUAAAGAGGAUACUUGGCAAGACGGACAUGUAUCGGGAUACGAACAAACCAUCUGCAGAGCAGCAGCAUGUGGAGAUGAUGUUCGGCGAUGUCGAAUCGAGGACCAGCAGAAUCAUUCGAAAUAUUACGAAAGCUUUCAACGAAGGCGAUCGCGGCAUCUGGCUUACACGAGGCGAAAGGAAUCUUCUCAGAAAGUUUCUUUUCCUUAUGAAAUACCGAGGACCAACUUUCUACGGGCGUUAUAACCACGAGACGGCAUCGGGGUACGACGCCAAUGAUAGAGAGAGGAUGCUUGAAUACAUGCGGAAGAAAGGGUUCGAAAGACCUAUAGACGUAUGGUUCGAUAACAUCAAAACCAUCAUCGAGCUGGAUAUGGAUGAUGAGUUGGAUUGGAUAUCAGAACUCCCAGAACGCAUGUAUCCGGACGAUGCGAGGUGGGCCAUUUCGCAUUGCGAGUCCAUGUUCAUGGCCAUAUGCACCCCUUCCAAGGCUCAAGAUGAAUUCAUUCUUACCGACAACUGCUACCAUGUUUUCGAAGGCCCCAAUCAAUGCAUGGUCAACCCGGAGACUGGAGAGUUACAAGAUGGGGCAUGGACGAACUUCCACGAAUUUGCCCCAGUAUCUCCGAAACUAAUGAUUGUGCUCCGGAGCUUCCUACUUCCAUCCCCAGAGGAAGACUCUCUCCCCGGAGUCAAGGCUGAGAAAGAUAUGUUAUGGUCCCUGGUAGUAGAGAGGUUCCACGGAAGCGAUGUCGAUUCCACCUUAGCAGAUCUUCCAAUCGCGAAACCCGAUAACAAUUACACCUAUAGAGAAAACGAUGUUUUACAGUUCCGAGAUGAAGUCUUUUCUCGACAGCCUCAUCACAAGUUCUUCUUCAACUUUUUCCCCAUCGACACACACCAUGUCAACAAGAUUCACUGUGUGUUCUUGGAUAAUGCGAGCUCCUGCACCAGCGUGAUAUUCCAAUCCAAGGAGUCUUUCCGCCAGACUCUUGAGUGGUAUCUCGCAGGGCCUGGUUGGGUCGGAAAGCGUAUAAUUUCUCUUCCUGGUGACGGGCGACGCCUCUUUUUGCAGAAGUUGGCGGCAGUGUUGAAGCAAAUGGGUUCCAACAAGGAACCUGUUUGGGAAGACAUUGAUCUUUCAAAGAUGAGAAAUGACAUCCAGGAUCAAUUAUCAGAGAAAGGAUUGUUUGAAUUGUUUCCUGAGCUACUAGACCACAUUCCAGACGGGACUGAAUUCAUGCAGCUAUACAAUAGCCUAGGUGGAUCGAAGCAAACCCUUGCAAAAGAUACGAAGCAGGUUUUUUUGAUGAUGAAAUUGCGCAUCAAGAUUGAUGUGUGGUCGCGUGGGCUGGACGAAGCCUUACGGGAGAGAAAUCGUAAUCUCCUCAUGGACGCAUAUACUCGGCUUCCCUCUCAUCGCUUCUGGUUGUACACAAAACACUGGAGAGACACGAUUUUACGAGGUCCAGGCCGCAGCCGCAUGAAUGAGAAUACCCAAUCACAGAACGCCAAUGACAAAGGACCCGAAGACGCAAUCGCCAGAGGCAACAAGCUGAAUAUCCUAAUGAAAGUUGCCGUUGACAAUGACAUCAAGCUGAAGAAGAAGCCAGGUCAUGAGCUAUCAUGGAAAUUCACCAGGGAUAAGAGUGGCGCCGAGAAUUUUAUGGCGAUUCGGGCCCUUGCCUUUAAAAGUCGUAUCGAAGAAUGUGGUAAGAUUUUGAUCACGGUUUUCCAGAGCCCACUAGCAUCCUAA